AUGCAAACAAUUCACCACUGUGCACACUGGUUUCUGGCUCUUAAGUGCAAUAACUACAACAAUUCCCUUCAACAGGUAUCGACAAAAGACAAGUCAACACAGUGGGAGGAAAUUGGCCACAAUGACCACACCUAUUCCCAAUCUGGGCUGCAAUACAGUUUCGGAAAGCAGCAAGGCUUGUCAUCAAGCUUGACAAAAGAAGACUGUGAAUUCUUUACAGGAAUCUCAAAACCCGUCUUUGACAGCUUAGUCAAAGCUGUAAAAAUUGAAAGCAGCAAGAACUUCCUAAGACUCUCAGUCGAGGACCAACUGCUACUGACCUUAAUGAGAAUGCGUCUUGGCCUGCUUUACGGACACUUGUCAAAAAUAUUUGGAAUUUCCGUUUCAUACGUGCACAAGCUGUUCAUGCACACCCUGUCUGUGUUGCAGAAGGUUAUGAAGACAGUUGUGGUGUGGCUGCCACGAUCACUAAUCAGAAAUAGCAUGCCAGAAUCUUUUGCUGAGAAUGGUUAUGAGAAAACAACCUGCAUCAUAGACUGCUCCGAGGUCUUCCUUCAGCGGCCUAAGAAGCUGCUUGCUAGAGCUCAAACCUACAGCAGCUAUAAAGCGCACAAUACAGUGAAGUUCCUUACUGCCAUUGCACCGAAUGGCUAUGUGAUGUUUGUGUCUCGUGCAUAUGGUGGAAGAGCUUCGGACAAAUAUAUAAUGGGUCACUGUGGCGUGGAAGACUUCCUAGGCUCAGGUGAUGAAGUGAUGGCCGACCGAGGUAUUGUGCUGAGCCAAUAUCUUGACGUUCAAGGCGUCAAACUCAAUGUGCCUUCUUUCGCAAGAGGUAAAUCCCAGCUCAGUGAAAGUGAAGUAACUCAAACAAGGAGAAUUGCGUCUGUGCGCAUACACGUUGAAAGGGCCAUAAACAGAAUGAAGACAUUUAGAAUAUUCAAGCAAGCCCUGCCAAUACGAUCAAAGAAAAUCAUAAGUGACAUGAUAUUUGUCUGUGCUGGCCUCUGCAAUUUAAAAGGCCCUUUAAUUGCCAGAUGUGUCGAAGGAAGGGAUGAGUAGGCACUCAACCAUGCAGUUCAUCACAGUAUCAUUCUGGAAAUAAAUUUUAUUGCACUGUGUGUUA